AUGACAGGGUGUGAGAGCGAAUUCUAUACAUCUAGCCCUUCUCAGUCUCAACAUGGCCAUCGACCAGAACUUGAGGCCAAGCACAUCUGCAGCCUUGCUAGCUCGACGAGCUCACUGAGUAGCCCAGAAAACAAGAUCUCGCCCUUCUGUAGGCUACCGACGGAGAUCCGGCUCCUAAUCUACGAAUGGGCGUUGACUGUCCUUCAUGACGACAUGGGUAGGCCCUUGAUCGUUGUCGACGACUCGAGCAAGUUCUCCACCCGUUCUCAAUAUCACCACAUGUCCAUGUGUCCCAGCUGGACGGGUGAGGACGGCACAGCGCGAAAGCUCCUCACUGUCAAUCGUCAAAUCCACGACGAAGCAGAGGACUUUUUGUAUUCACGAAACACCCUAUUCUUCCAGAACUCGUUCGAUUUGGAUCAUUUGGGCGAGUUCCUCGAAAGUUUGAGCAAUCCUGCCCGCAGUCAUAUCCGCAGUGUCGGUUUCGAGGUCUUCUUCUUUGUGCACGCCGAGUCGGGGGUGCCCAAGCGCACUUUCAAACAGUAUGAACAAGCUGGCAGAUUGCUUCGUGCGAGUCUACCCCAGUGGGAGACUAUCGUGUUCUACAUCGACCCCUUUUUCUACUUCCUACCUCAAUCCGUAGGUGGACGCGAUUCAGCGGCUCGCGGUGUUAUGGACCUAUCCGCGCGAUUCAGAGCCUUGUGUGGGGAGGUCGUUUUUCAUUCAUUGCCUUGA